CUAUAGGUCUAAAACAUUCUUCUUCCUCGUCGGACUUUUUUCUUUUUUUUUUUCUGUUUGAACGGCGCUCUUCAUCUAUGUAUGGGACGUUUCGACAAGGCAGACACAGGCAUUUUCUGGGACGUGGAUGAUUGCCCAAUACCAGAAGGUCUCAAUGCUUUGAUAGUGUCUCAGAACAUGAGAUUGGCCCUCUCAAAGUUGAGUUAUAGUGGUAAGGUGUUUAUCCAUGCUUAUGGUGAUUCCAAUAAAAUCUUGGAUGACUUAAUCACGUCAGAUACAUUAGAAGAUGAAAUUUCAACUCUAGACCUUGGGGAAGCAUCAUCCAUCAGUGCUACGAAUCCAACCGUGGUUGUCAAAGAAACACCCGAUAAUUUUGAUUACCGUGGUACCACAUCUAUUUAUGCUCAAGAUGAUCAGUCAACACCUCUAUUAAUGCUCAACCACUCAUCAGGGGAUAAAGAUGCGAUGCUUGGGAGGUUUUUAGUAGACUUUAUGAUGUGGGCAGUUGAUAAUCCUGCACCAGCAAAUAUUAUACUAGUCCUGGGAGACAACAUGUCAAGACGUCAGGAGUUGUUCAAAAUUGCUCUUGGCCAAGUCAAUAUGCUAAGUUACAACAUCCACUUUGCAUAUCCUCAAAACGCAACAUGCCCCUCUUUUCCUUCUGUUCAUAUCAAAUGGCUUUGGGAAAGUCUAUCACUUGGAGGUAACCCUGUGGAAGAGGAGAAGAAUGAAGAGGAGGAUGAGGAGGAGGAUUAGUUUAUUUAGUCUUGUUUGAGUGUAAUGAAUCUCUAGUCAUGUGAUGAAAUGAAACAGAAGAACUAAGCCCUUUCAUUACCAAUUUUGUUUCUGUAGUGAAAAGUAGAUUGGUAGUGAUAACUGUUGGUGAAAACCA